UAAAAUAACACUUUCCGAACAGCCGAUGAAGACAAUCUGAGAGAGCUCUGAGUGGGGGUGAGCUGACGAUGUCCAUGGAUGAGCAAGAAGACCACGGUGGUCGCCAUUCUCGAGCUUCAGCCUCUCGGCGCACUCGCUCCCAGGUAGCUCCCGACUGGUCCUCCCAAGAAUCCCUCACCCUUAUCACCGAGAUUGCCGCCGUCGAACGCGACUGUCGCAACACUCUCUCCUCUUUCCAAAAAUGGAAGAUCAUCGUCGAGAAUUGCAACUCCUUGGAAGUCUUCCGUACCCUCAACCAGUGUCGCCGUAAAUGGGACUCCCUCCUCUCCGAUUACAAGAAGAUCAAGCUCUGGGAAUCGUCCGAGUCCCGGGUCGAAUCGUACUGGUCGAUUGAUUAUGAGCGAAGAUGCGAAUUUGGGUUUCCUGAGGAUUUUGAUUUCGAGGUGUUUAAAGCCAUUGAUGAUCAUUUGAAGGUGGGUGAUGGGUCGGAUACUGACCCGGAUGUUGAUCCUGAAGCUGUCGCCGAUGGAGUGGCCGAGCCUGAUUUGAAGAAGCAAAGGCGCCGAGUGAUGCCUCAGAAACGUAGCACAGAGGAAAGGGUGAAGCCUCAGAAACGUAAGAUAAAUAAAAAGAUAAUGCCAGUGCAAGGCAGAGUAGAAAAAAGGGUAAAGCCUUUGAAACACAGCAUAGAUGAGAAGAUAUUGCUUAAGAACAACUUGGAAGAGAAGGAGCAAAUGAUGGCUGCAAAACUAUAUGAGAAUGCGGAAUUGAUCACUGACAUACUUAAAGGAAACCUGGGUGAGAGUUCAGACUGUCUCUUGGCUGAUCUAAAAAAUGUCAACGAUUCCCAGACUGAUUUCACUAGGCAUCAAGGUGACAGACUUAUCACAUGCCUUGGGAAUCUUGCAGACACACUUGACCAGCUUUGUGAUAUAGUCCAAGAAUGUGGUUAGUUUUCAAUAAAGGUAAUUACUGUUAAUGUUCCAUUCUAGUGAUAAAUGUAGUGUCCAUGCUAAUGCUAGCUUUAUGACCAUGGUUUUUGGAAUUUUGAGACUUAGAUCAAUGUAAAUGAGUUUAGUUCAAAGCUAGACGAUCAUCUGAAGAAUUUGAAACUGUUGGAUGCAUUUGGAUUCUUAAAAUUGAAUCAUUCCAUCGUGAUUCUCAA